UAACAUAGCCUACUAGUCACUGUUAAAGUUUAAAUUUCCUGGCCUUUCCCAUAAUUCUCAUCUUUGCUAUAUGACAAAAAAAUAUAACUUCACCUGCAGGAUUUUCCUUUCCUGACUCCUUGCUGCACAGGGUUUAAUAAUAGCACCAAGUCCACACAGAGCCAGAGAACCAGGCCAAUGCAGUCCAAAGAGUCAGCUCUGCCCUCUUGUGGCAGGUGCAUGUUAUAACAAGUGUCUACAAGUGAGGGCAUCAACCUGCAGGGGUCCUCACGAAACAAGAAGAGAGAGAACACAGAACUGGAACAAGUUAAAAAAAACUCUUUAAACAUCCAGUAGAGCUAAACUGAGCAUGCUCAGUGCCGCUGUGCUUUUCAGAUGUGUGUGCAUGCAGGCAGAGGGAGACAGAGGGGUGUGUGAUGGUUUGCUACUGAGCGGGAGUGGGAACGAGUCAGUGGGGACCAGAAACACGGGCUGAGCUCCAGUGGCAUGGCAGGAAGAAUGGAAGAGGGACAGUGAAGUGGAUCCAGGCACCACCAGCCCAUAUAGGGAUGCUGCUAACACUACUGUUCUAUCUGCGAGUGAAAGAAUCGAUCUACCGCCGUGGAGCUAGACGAUGGAGGAAGCUGUACCGGGUGAACGGACACCUCUUCCAGGCCAAGCGCUUUAACAGGAAAGCGUACUGUGGCCACUGCAGCGAGAGGAUAUGGGGACUGGGGCGUCAGGGCUACAAGUGUAUCAACUGCAAGCUACUGGUCCAUAAACGCUGUCACAAGCUCGUCCCACUGACCUGUCAAAGGCAUAUGGAUCCAGUCAUGCCAUCACAGGAGCCGUUGGUAGACCAUGAUAAAAGUGGAGAGGAAGUGGAGCUCCCCCCUGAGGACCCUGAGGAAACAGACGCAAUUCCAGUCUCUUUUUUAGCACACAACCGGAAAGUGGAGAAAGCUGAAGAUGACGCAGAGGAUCUGAAGGCAGUGGUGGAUGGUAUCGAGGGGAUUCAGAUCUCUCAGGGGCUCGGUCUGGGGGACUUUGACCUGAUCCGGGUCAUUGGGAGGGGCAGUUAUGCUAAGGUGCUGCUGGUCCGACUCAAGAAGAACGAACAGAUUUACGCCAUGAAGGUGGUGAAGAAAGAGCUGGUCCAUGAUGAUGAGGACAUUGACUGGGUCCAGACAGAGAAACACGUCUUUGAACAAGCAUCAACCAAUCCAUUCUUAGUGGGACUUCACUCUUGCUUUCAGACAGAGAGUCGGCUGUUUCUAGUGAUCGAGUAUGUGAAUGGAGGAGAUCUCAUGUUCCAUAUGCAGAAGCAGCGGAAGCUUCCAGAGGAACAUUCCAGACUCAUACGCUUUAAUCUUCUGUCUUCCUUUUUUCCCCUUUCUCUUUCAGUCAUUUUGGAGAAGCCGAUACGGAUUCCCAGGUCAUUGUCUGUUAAGGCUGCGAGUGUGCUGAAAGGCUUUCUGAACAAGGACCCAAAAGAGAGGCUGGGAUGCCAAGUUCAGACCGGAUUCACAGACAUCAAGUCUCAUACGUUCUUCAGAAGCAUAGACUGGGACCAGCUGGAACAGAAGCAGGUGACGCCACCGUUCAAACCUCAGAUCACAGACGACUACGGUUUAGAUAACUUUGACACGCAGUUCACCAACGAACCCGUGCAGCUAACACCAGACGACGAGGAUGUGAUAAAGAGAAUAGACCAGUCUGAGUUUGAGGGAUUCGACUACAUUAAUCCUCUGCUGCUCUCCAAUGAAGAAACCAUAUGAGGGAAGAACAAUACGGCUGUUUCUCUGCCUGCGGCUCCACAAGACUACUACAGCUGAGUUCAGCUCAGACUCAGACAUGUGUCACAGAGUAGAACUUUCCUUAAAACUGUGUUAAAGACAAAAACAACACCAAGACUUAAAGUUUCGGACCCUGCUUGAGUUAUUUUUGGGUUACACUGGAAGAAGAAACGACUGGAGGAUUUUCAGAAAACAAACUCAGAACUAUUCCCCAAAUUUCAGCUGUUGAUUGUCUUCCUGCUUCCCAGCAUCCUCUUUAAUUUUCACGCCCAUGUUUGUGUGUGUGCGCGCACUGUUGCCUGGGACUCAAGUUAGUUCCUUCGAUGUGUGCCUGCGUCCAUCAGAGACUACAUUUCCCAUCAACCCUAGCUAAAUAUGACCGUUCUAAAGAGAUAGUUCACCCAAAAAUGAAAAUUUGAUGUUUAUCUGCUUACCC